UGCAAUUUGGCAAUGAUCAUGCAACAACGGACAUGGCAGGUAGGACAUCCUGUAACUAGCCUUUUUUUUCCUUUUGCCUUUUCUUUCCAAGAUCUCGUUUGAGCUUGAGUUGAGGAGGGACCAAUAAAAAAUGCUUAAAGACUUUGGAAAGAUUAUGCUUGGGAUUAGAUACUGCACGCUCACGAGGCAAGCGUGGUUACUGAACAAUCGUAUAGUUGUGAUAAUGACACUGGCCGGCGUUUCAUGGAGUACCGAUCCCAGAUCGCCUCAGUCUGAAGCCGGCUCCAAACAUUCAUGCGACAUGGCUCGCGACUUGCCGCUCCGGUCGAAGAAUGUCUGCGUCAUCGGCGCGGGCAUGGCCGGCCUGGCAGCGUCGCGCGAGCUGCGGCGCGAGGGCCACGCCGUGACGGUCAUGGAGCAGCGCGGCGACGUCGGCGGGCAGUGGCUGUACGACCCGCGGACCGACGACGCCGACCCGCUCGGCGCGGUGGCGCCGGUGAAGGUGCACAACAGCAUGUACGCGUCCGUGCGGCUGCUCAGCCCGCGCGAGGCCAUGGGCUUCUCCGAUUUCCAGUUCCUGCCCAGGCGCGGCCGCGACGCGCGCCGCUACCCCGGACACGGCGAGGUGUUCUGCUACCUCAAGGACUUCUGCCACGCGUUCGGGCUCAUGGACGCGGUCAGGCUCAACACCAGUGUCGUGCGCGUCUCCAUGGCGCUGCCGCCGCCGCCGCCGCGUGAAGGUAGCGGCGGUGGCCUGGACGUGAGAUGGAAUGUGAGAUCUGUGCGCGUAGAGCCGGACAGCGGCAAGGAGGUGGCCGUGGAGGAGGUGUUCGACGCCGUCGUCGUGGCCAACGGCCAUUACUCGCAGCCAAGAUUGCCAAGCAUCAACGGAAUGGAGCAAUGGAGGAGGCGGCAGCUGCACAGCCACUCGUACCGGGUGCCGGAACCGUUCCGCGACGAGGUUGUGGUGAUGGUUGGCUGCGGGGACAGCGGCUUGGACAUCGCGCUGGACCUCUGCGGCGUUGCCAAGGAGGUGCACCUCACGGCCAAGUCCGUGGAGGCGGCCAUGACGCCGGCCCUAUCCAAGAUGCUGGCCAACCACGCCGACCUGCACCUGAACCCGCAGGUGGACCGCCUGUGCGAGGACGGGCGGGUGGUCUUCGCCGACGGCUCCUGCGUCGUCGCCGACACCGUCAUCUACUGCACUGGGUACAGCUACUCGUUGAUCAGGAAAUCUACGGAAAUCUACGAGUUCGUGUACAAGUACACGGACCUCCCGCGCAUGGAGGAGUGGAAGAGAGAGCUCAUCAGGUCCUCCGUCAAGAACAUGAUCCAUGACCGCGAGACCUUCCGCGACCGCGAUGACCACAGUGAGAUCCUCCGCGAGGGGCUGCAGAGAUGGUACGGCUCAGCUGCCGUUCAAGAGCAAGAAGCUGCUGCUGCUGAUGAUGAUGAUGAUGCAGCACAAUUGCACAUGCCAUUGCUAGCUCCCUCCCAACUCUGAACCCAACACCAAAGGUUCAGAACGUACUUCAGAUGCUUUGGGUCACUGAGAAGAAAAUCGAGGCUAUCAAUAUGGUUACUCUGCAGUACCUUAAUGAUCUGGAAAACCAGAAAUAAUUUAUAUUUCAGGAAAACUAUUUGGGUCACUGUUGCCUGCAGCUCUCUCUGCAACUUUUCAGUUCCAAGGCCAACUCCAGCAGAAUCUGCAAAUCUGCAAAUCCAGUGCUACAGUAUUUUUCGGACUACUGUAGCGACAGAAAU